AUGGACGCGUCUAGCAGUAAACGAAACGGAUCUGUCAUCUCGAAGGCCUCGAAGCGGAAUAUGCGUAAGAAAUUGUCCCGACAUGCCAAAAAAGCGAAGCUAGAGGAGGGGCGCAAUAAUCGGAUAAACGAAAAACUCACCACUACUCCCGAUACUCGUGACAGUAUUAGAGAUAACCAAGAUGAUCAAGACUACGAUGAUGACGAAAGACCCGAGAUAUUUUAUAAUCCGGAGAAAGUUAAGUUAAG